AAAAAUGUGACACUUCCAAAAGGGACAUAUAUUAAGUUAUAGCCCCACACAAAGGACUUCUUAGAUAUUUCAAAUCCAAAAGUUAUCUUAGAAACGACACUAAGGAAUUUUUCCUGCUUGACUACUGGAGAUAGCAUUAUGGUGGCUUACAACAACAAAAAAUAUUACAUAGAUAUUAUAGAAACUAAGCCUGACAAUGCCAUAAGCAUAAUUGAGAUUGACAGCAAGGUGGACUUUGCUCCUCCCUUGGAUUACAAGGAACCUGAAAAGCCCAUUGCACCGCAUUCUACUGGAAAGGCACCAACGGCUGCUGAGGAUACCCCUAUCGAAAUUGAGCCCAAGUUCAACCCAUUUUCGGGAACUGGGAGACGGUUGGAUGGAAAACCUUUGAAGUAUCAGCCUCCUCCAGUUUCUUCUUCCUCAGGGUCAAAGGACAAGAAACAUGAUGUUCCAAAUGUCAAUUCACAGUCUUCUACAACUUCUAGCUCACAAAGUAAUGCUCAUCAAUCUCAGAGCAAGCUUGUGUUUGGGUCAAAUGCAAACCAUUCUAAAGAGACAGGAAAGGCGAAAGAGCCAAAACCAGAGCCACCUAAAGAGAACGAAGAGUCGAAAUUUCAAGCUUUUACAAGGAAGAAGUAUUCUUUAUGGGGUUAAUUUUAUAUCAGUCAAUUAAAUGAUCUUUUACCUUCUGCAUGGAUUC